AUGUCUGCCCCAAACGAGCAUUUUGAGGAUGAGCAUAUCCCCGGCACAGAGUUGAUGCGCGACCAUGACGGUAUCAAGCUGCGGCGUGCACAUGGUGGUACAGGCCAAGUGUUGGUACCCCAGCCAAGCAACCGGUCCAACGACCCGUUGAACUGGAACUGGAAAUGGAAGGCGGCCGCAGCGUGGACGCAGACCAUCUACGUCAUCUUCACCGUGUGUUCUGCGCUCAGCAUGGCGCCAAUGAACGGGCUCGCGUCCAAGGAGUGGCCGGAACAGAGCAUGGAGCGCAUCGGCCUCCUCACCGGCGCUUGCGUCAUGUCUCUGGGUUACGCCAACUUUAUCAUUGUUCCUUGCAGUAACAUUUUUGGGCGCCGGGCAACAAGUAUCGUCUGCAGUAUCCUCACCGUCGCUUUCGCCGUGUGGGAAGCCGUCGCCAAGAGCUACAACUCGUUCCUGGCGGCUCGUAUCAUGACUGGAAUCCCAACCGCCAUCAACGAGACCAUGAUGGUACAGCGUGGUCGCUGGAUGGGCCUGUACUUCAAGGCCUACUUCUUCGGCCUGUUCAUCGGCCCAAUCAUGAGCGGCAACAUGGCUCAAAGGUACGGCUGGCGCUCGUUCUGGUGGCUUAGUGUUGCGCUCGGCGUCUUCAACGUCGUCAACCUCAUCUUCGUCUUCCCCGAAACCCGAUUCCGGCGCGAGGACCUAAUUCAGGACGAGUCCAAUCCUGAGAUCACCGAGAAGCACGCUCAGGAGCCCAUGCACCUCGAGAACAGCCAAGAAGCGGCACCCUCCACACCCACCGCACCCACAGACGUUGAGGCAAGUUCAACUUCAGUGACAGGCCACGGCCGGCCAUCCAAGCAGCAAUGGAAGCUGUGGCAACCCAUCAACCCCGAGUGGAAGCGCACGCUGGUCAAAGACGUGCUCUCACCAUGGACAAAGUUUUUCAACCCCAUCAUCCUCUGGGCCGGGUGCGCAACGUACGGCGCGGCCAACGUCCUCCUCUUCUUCAACCUCACGCAGCAAACUCUUGCAAACCCGCCUUGGAACUUUUCUCCCUCCGCAAUGGGGUAUGCCAACUUUGCCUUUGUUGUUGGUGGCCUCAUAGGCCUCUCAACAGCCGGUUGGCUCUGUGACUGGGUCGCCAAAGCCAUGACCAUCCGCAACAACGGGAUCCGCGAAGCCGAGUUCCGCCUCAUCGCCCUCAUUCCCUACAUCAUCAUUGCAGCUGUCGGUAUCGUUAUUGGCGGCCUCGGCCUCGAACGCGGAUGGAGCUGGGCUACCAUCCUGUGCGUCGGGUACGGUGCCACAGGAAUUACCGUCACCAGUAUCCCGACUAUUGCGAUCGCGUACGCGGUCGACAGCUACACGCACAUUGCGGGCGACAUUAUGGUUGUCGCUACCGUUAUCAAGAACACGACGGGCUUUGGUAUGAGUUACUGGGUCUUCAGCAUGGUUGCGGAGAAGGGCAUCUUUGCUUGUGCCAUGGUCCAGUUCGCGACUUGCAUCGGACCCGCGGUCCUUGCCCUGCCCAUGUACAUUUACGGCAAGCGCGUGCGCCGCUGGACCCGCAACUCGUCGUACCACAAGGAGGGCUAG